CAGUUUGUUUGAGACGGGAAGAUGCUUUAGCCCGUGCGCUCCACUGUCUCGGGUCCGAUCGAGGUCUGAAGCGGCUGCCCCCCCUGCCAGCCUCUCCCCCCUUCUUCUGUGGAUAAAGGAUAAGAAACCUGCACCGGAACAAGAAGAAGCGUGCACACCGAGCAAGCGGCGGCAACACCGAGCCCGUCCAUGGCGUCCCUCUCCCCCUCCCUCCACCUCCCUUGCAAUUCAAGAACUGGCUUCCUUGGGAAGUCACGAGGCAUACAUCUUCGUGUUAUCCCUGCUGGCAGAGUUGGUUUCGUUAGAAAAACAGUGGAAUGCAAGGAGUCUAGAAUCGGAAAGAAGCCGAUUGAAGUUCCAUCAAAUGUUACUCUAACACUAGAGGAGCAGUUUGUCAAAGCUAAGGGUCCGCUCGGAGAAUUGUCAUUAAACUAUCCCACCGAAGUAAAAGUUGUGAAAGAAGAAACUGGCAAAUUGAGAGUAUUCAAGACUGUGGAAACCAAACGGGCGAAUCAGAUGCAUGGCCUUUUCAGAACCCUGACAGACAACAUCAUCGUGGGCGUGUCAAAGGGAUUUGACAAGAGGCUUCAGUUAGUGGGGGUUGGGUACCGUGCGACAGUGGAGGGCAAAGACCUGGUGAUGAACCUGGGAUUCUCGCACCCUGUCCGGAUGGCUGUCCCAGAAGGACUUCAAGUGAAGGUGGAGGAGAACACGAGAAUCAUCGUGAGUGGGUACGACAAGAGCGAAAUCGGUCAGUUUGCGGCCACCAUAAAGAAAUGGAGGCCUCCGGAGCCAUACAAGGGGAAGGGUAUCCGGUACCAGGACGAGAUUGUCAGAAGGAAGGAGGGCAAAGCUGGGAAGAAGAAAUAGAAGUCUGUUUAUUUGUUUGUUUGCAUUCCAUACGUACUACUUUUGUUCCGUUUUCCCUCUGCAAUCCACCAUCUUCUGAGUACUACCAUGUUCUUUAGCCCUUGCACAAUUUAUAGAGAAAAACGUUACAGUUUACGCCA